CAAUCAUAUGACCGUCAUUAGACUUACAGAAAAUUGGUUGUGCUCCUUAGGCGUUGACGGUAAUUCUCUCAAUAAUUUUGUAAUUCCGGAAAAUUUGUGGUUUCUGUGGAUAAUCUUUAAUUAUAACAUCUUUAAAACAAGCUAUUCAUCAUGGCUCUCAGCGAUGCAGAUGUUCAAAAACAGAUAAAGCAUAUGAUGGCUUUUAUCGAACAAGAGGCGAACGAGAAAGCAGAAGAAAUCGAUGCCAAAGCUGAAGAAGAAUUCAAUAUUGAAAAGGGUCGUUUAGUCCAGCAGCAACGACUUAAAAUUAUGGAAUAUUAUGAAAAGAAGGAAAAACAAGUUGAAUUGCAAAAGAAGAUUCAAUCUUCAAAUAUGUUGAAUCAAGCAAGGCUAAAGGUUCUCAAAGUUCGCGAAGAUCAUGUAAGAAAUGUUCUUGAUGAAGCUAGAAAAAGAUUAGGAGAAAUUACCUCUAAUCCAUCUCGAUAUGGUGAUAUUUUGAAGCUCCUCAUUAUUCAAGGACUUUAUCAACUCAUGGAACCAAAUGUUACAAUUCGUGUACGCCAAAUGGAUCAACCACUCGUCGAAUCAUUAUUUAGUGAUAUUCAAAACACCUAUAAAAAUUCCUUUAAAAAGGAUAUUGCUCUUAAAGUAGAUCCUGACAAUUCUCUUCCUGCCGAAAGUUGCGGAGGAGUUGAGCUCAUUGCUCAUAAAGGACGCAUAAAGAUUUGCAACACUCUCGAAUCAAGAUUAGAAUUGAUUGCUCAGCAAUUGAUAUCCGAGAUUCGUUGCGCUCUCUUUGGAAGCAAUCAAAACCGUAAAUUCACCGAUUAAACGCAACAAAUUAACAUCAAUUUUCAACAUUCCCUGCUCUAAAAAAAAUAGUAGUUUAAAUUAUUAUUUGUCGCAGAAUAAAAGCAGAAUCGAAAAUUAUAUUAUAUCCCGUAAAAUUGAUAUUCAAUUUUUAUUUUCAAUCUAAUUGCCAAGUAGUGAAAGAAUUGAUUUUUUAUUACGGGAAUAGGUGUACAUGAAAUUAAAAUUAAAAUACAACUCUUUAUAAUUUUUUCGCUCCUUAAAGUUGUAAACAUGCUUUAAUUAAGCAAAAACACAAAUAUUGUGAAAGUAUACUAUUAUUAUUGUGAAUUAUUUUAAUGAGAUUUUAUGGAUUGUUAAAAAUUUCAACUUACCUCAAGAACUUAAUCUUAUUAUAUAUAUUAAAGAAAAAAAGAGAAAUAUACAUGUCUUGCUCGUUUUCAAACGUUGAAUAUUGUUCGUUGUGAUUACAAAAGAAGAGUAUUUGUCUAGUAUUUUAGAAAUCAUUGCCUCUUUGACAACUGAUUUGCUUAUUUGUACAAAAUCACAAUUCAAAUUCAAAUUUCAAGGGAAAUUCCCUUGAAAUUAUUAACACACUUAACACGUCCUUGUUGAGAAAAAAAAAUGCAAUUAACAAAAUUAUUGUACAUACGCAUAUGUAAUAUACUUAAAAUUAUCUAAACUCGUUCUGAUUGACUAAACAAAUAAAAAGAAAAGUGUGUAAAAUAAACUGUAAAAAAAAAGAUUAAAAGUCCGUUACCUUUUAAUCUUUUGAGAUUAAUUUUAAAGGUUCAACUAAAUUAUGGCACAUUAGUAAUAAAAUAGAAGUAAAGUGGAA